AGUGAGCUGGGUCAGUCAGUCAGCAGCACGUAGAGCGGCAGAGUGGGGGCGUUAGUGAAUGACGCUUUCUAACGAAGUAUGAAGUCUGAACGGCAAGCACUGGAUGUGCAUCUGGGAUUUCGGACCUAUGGAACAUCAUCCUGAACUCACAUUGUUCUCAUACUCCUGAGGGAAAUGGGGAACGGAAUAUCAGAGCAACCCAACUUUCUAUCCAAUCUUCCAUUCUGUAAUUCUCUUCACAUCGCUAUUCUGGGUCUGGACUUUGCAGGCAAAACGACGGUCCUGUACCGUCUGCAGUUCAAUGAGUUUGUCAACACUGUCCCCACCAAAGGUUUCAAUGCAGAGAAAGUCAAAGUAGCUGUUGGGGACUCAGCGGUGACGUUUCACUUUUGGGACGUUGGCGGUCAGGAGAAACUGCGCCCUCUUUGGAAGUCCUACACACGUGGUACGGAUGGCAUCGUGUUCGUUGUGGACUCUCUGGACACGGAGAGAAUGGAAGAGGCGAAGACAGAGCUUCACAAAAUCACACGCUCCUCUGAAAAUCAAGGAGUGCCUGUGUUAAUUAUUGCUAACAAGCAGGACUUGAGACAGGCUCUGUCACUGUCACAGAUAGAGACCAUGCUGGCACUUAAUGAACUGGGACCCUCUACGCCGUGGCACCUGCAGUCCACCUGCGCCAUCAUUGGUGAAGGUCUUAAAGAGGGACUCGAAAGACUUUAUGACAUGAUCCUAAAACGAAAAAAGAUGCUCAGACAGCAAAAGAAGAAAAAAUAGACCGUAAUUGUAUUAUAUGAAAGGACAAUGCAAGUUGCAAACUGACAUUUUUAUGUGCCCAGAGUUGGUUAGAACCACCAAGCACUUUAGUUGUUUACUUUCGUAUUGUUUACUACUCUGGUUGUUUACUUUCUGUCAUAGACUUAGAAAUAUAUAAACUUAAUAUAAAGUUUUUUUUUUUUUUUUUUUUUUUUUUUUUUAAUCACACUGGAAGGUGAUGCGUGUUGGAGGUUCUAUUUAGAAUGUUUAUUUGCAAUAAAAGGGCUUUCUAUGUUCAUUCUAAAAUUGUCACAUGUAAUACUUUAACACGUACACUACUAGUCAAAAGUUUUUGAACAGUAAGAUUUUUAAUGUUUUUACAUUAAAACUUACCAAGCCUGCAUUUAUUUGAUCCAAAAUAGUAGAAAUUAAAGCUUUUAUUUAGCAAGGAUGCUUUAAAUUGAUCAAAAGUGAUGAUAAAGACAUUUAUAAUGUUACAAAAGAUUUCAAUUUCAGAUAAGUGCUGUUCUUUUUCAGAGAAACCUGAAAAAGCUGUUUUCAAUGUAAUAAUAAAAACCUUUGAGCAGCAAAUCAGAAUAUUAGAAUGAUUUCUGAAGGAUCACAUGACUGGAGUAAUUAUGCUAAAUUUUAGCUUUGGAAUCACAGGAAUAAAUUACAUUUUAAAAUAUAUAUACAUAAAAAACAGUUAUUUUAAAUAGUAAAAAUAUUUCUAAAUUUUACUGUUUUUGCUGUACUUUGGAUCAAAUAAAUGCAGGCUUGGUGACUUCUUUAAAAAAAAUAAUAAUAAUAAAAAUUUUACUGUUUAAAAACUUAUGACUGCUAGUGUACGUCUGCCAAAUCUUGUCAUUUUAUGGUCAGGUAUUUUUCCUUAGAGUAUCAUGUUAAAGAAGUAGCCAAAAAUGCAAAAUCUCUGAAUGAAAGUCUAAUUUAUGUUCAUUGUUCCCUGAAUAAUGACCCAAAAUAUUGGGUUUAAAUAAUUUUAUUUAACUCAACUAUUGCUUAUAUUUCUUGCUUUAAAUGAACCCAAUGUUGGUUGGAAUGUAACAUUUAUUAUGUUCAAGAAUGAACAUUUCUUAAUAAGAUGAAUAAAUAAUAAUUAAAUAAUAAACAUUUCUUAAAUUGCUUAUUAGUAAACGUUACCUUUUUUGGGUUCGUUUUAAGCCAGCCAUAUAGUCAUUUUUAAACAAUAGUCGAGUUGAAACUACCCAGAAGGUUGAGUUAAACAUUUAACCCACUAAGGUUUAACUCACUAGGUUGUAUUCAACCCAGCAUUUUUUAGAGUGUAGGAAGCAUAUAAUGUACAGCACAAGUUUUUUAGAUGGCUUUUAUGAUGUUUUUAUAGUCGUUUUGUGUCACUUUUGGAGGAUUAAUGAUUCAGCCCCUAUUCAGUGUAAUUGUGUUUCAUAUAUUUAUAUUUCACAAAAGUAAGUCAAACAGGUUGGUGAGUAAAUGACAAAAAAUUUAUUUUUGGGUGAACUAUCCCUUUAACACAUCCCUUAAAAAAACAGUACUUAGAGCCUUGUACCACCACAUUCUUCUUUGGUUUAGUAAUACUAAGGUGAGAAUAAAAAGCAAAUCCCUCUGCAUUGUACAUUACAA